AUGAAAUUUGCACACAUUAUUAUACUUUCUCUUCUCCUUUCGGCCGUUUGUGUUGUCGCCCAACAGCGUGCAACGAUAGUACCCUAUAUACCGGCCCGCGAAGUACUGCCUUUACCGGUCUCUGUUGAAACGGUCGAUGGCAAACCUGAUGAAUACAUUGUGAAAAGCUCGUUGUAUGGCAGCGGAUAUGAAGUAUAUGAUGGAGUUACGACCAAACUCACAUGCGAACCCGGUGUGAAGGUUAUACAGUAUCCCGUGACAGCUCAGCUCAACCAACUUGACUCCUUUAAAACCAACUUCAGAUUGAAAGUUCCUGCCGAUAAGAAGAUAGUAACUUGUGUUAGAAAAGUGGCCGAUAAAGAUGUCGCUACUCCCAAGUAA